AUGUCUUUGGAGGAGAAGUUGUCGAAGAUCAAAUCGCCAAAUCUUCAGAGUCAACAACAUACUGCGGUAGUCCUUUCGUCCAUCGAAGAAACACUGUCGGAGCAGAAAACCAAAUUUACACCCACAGCAUACUUUGCUGCCCUUCUUGCACUCUUGAAGCAGUCUUCCACAGGAGUUUCUCCAGACAGCAACAAUGAGAUCCUUACUUCUGCCGUCUACCUCCUCGACCUGGUAACGUCCUACGUUUCGGCGAGUCUCCUGCGAACACAGUUCAAUACGAUCAUAUCCCUCCUUGCACCUUUAUUAAGCGCCACUACUGCGAAUGCACCGCUCCUCCGAUCGGCAAUCGGGUGCCUGGAGUCUCUUCUGGUGGCACAAGAUUCAGCUGCUUGGAAGUUACCACAAACUGAGGCAAGCCCACGACAGGCUGUGCUAAUCCUCCUCACACUAGCGAUCGAUCCACGACCGAAGAUCAGAAAGCGAGCUGGGGAAGCAUUAACGAAAGUAUUGAAAAAUCCUCCUCCAGGACCAGCAAUCGAUCAUCCAGCUGCAGAACUGUGCGCUGUCGCCGCACAAAACAAUCUGAAGAAUGCGGUGGACUCGGCGCAUCAAGCCAAACGCCAAAAGGGCAGGCCGGAUGACAGCAAUGAACCCGCCGUCAUCCAUGCGCUGCAACUUACUAAGUUGAUCGCCGUGGCUUCUGGUGGGUGGCCAAGUAAGAAAAUCGAGUCUCUGUGCGAGUUAUUGCUGGCGAUUUCUCGCUCGAGAAACGACUUCUUGGUUAUGAGCGCCUUUGAAGUAUUCGAGGUCAUUUUUGAUGGUAUGCAGGAUGAAGUUUCAUCGUCCAAGUUGCCACGCCUAUUGGAUGCUAUUAUCGAAUUAAAGCCGGCCCAGAACGACUCACAAUUAACCCCCCCGUGGAUAGCUAUCGUAUCUCGCGGCUACGGCACAGCUGCGGCGGUCGAUCCCGAGGAUACCUUUGCUAAACUACCUGAAAUUUUGGAUAUGAUCGCUGCUUUCUUGACAAGCCCUGCUCACAACAUUAGGAUAUCCGCAUCGGAAUGUUUGAUCUCUUUCUUCGCCAACUGUGUGCCUGACACUGCGAUCUCGGAGCCAUCGAUAUUCGACGAAAAGUUGUUCGAGCAAAUUUCUCAGAAAGCCCUUGGAUUGUUGUCUAUCAGAUAUCAAAGUGCGUGGAUGGAAGUUUUCACUGCACUGGCGGCACUUUUUGAUGCUCUCCGAUGGCGUGGUGACCCAUACCUCCUUCCCAUUGUCAAGGCAGUUGGCGAACUGAGAAGUAACGAAGGUUUUCAAGGCAAAAAAGAGGCCGAUGAGGUUCUCGGCCAUGCCAUCAGGAACCUCGGUCCUGGUGCUGUCCUGACCAUUCUUCCACACAAUUUGAUCAAGCCCAAGCCGGGUCAGACUGGUCGAGCUUGGCUCCUUCCCCUGCUCCGAGACCACGUGUCCAACACGUACCUUUCCCACUUCAGAUCAGAGCUGGUUCCACUAAGUGAAGCGAUGUACCAACGGAUAAUCGAUCAUGGAAGCGCCGAAAAGACAGUAGAUAUCAAGAUAUUCGAAACAGUUGUGCAACAAAUCUGGGCGACCUUACCAGGCUAUUGCGAUCUGCCAUUGGAUCUACAAACCGCCGUAGAUCAGCCAUUCGCCGAAAUGGUCUCUAAUCUGCUAUAUCAGCAAACGGACCUACGAGUCGAUCUGUGCAGAGGGUUGCAAAAUCUGGUCGAGUCGAACCAAGCCCUGUUAGCAUCAGAUCUAUCUGAUGACAUCUUACUUCUGGAACGGCGGAUGUCCCGAUCCGAUGCGGCCAAAAACAUUCAACAUCUCGCCUCCCUUGCUAACAACCUUCUUGCCGUCCUUUUCAACGUAUAUAGCCAGACACUCCCUCAAUCCCGCACAUACAUCUUGCAAUGUAUAAACGCCUACCUCAGCGUCACUCCGGAGAAGGAUCUUAUCGACACAUUCGAACGUGUGUCAAAAAUGCUCGAAGAUGCACUCCCCAAGCCGGAUCAGCCGCCUCCCAAGAAAGAACCCAACCAGCCAUCGACUAACAAGUUACCGCCAACAUGCCACACUCUUCUCGAUCUCAUCAUUGCACUGUCCGUCCACCUCCCUCGUUCAACGUUCGCAGCACUCUUCUCUAUAUCGGCAAACAUUCUUACGAACCCUGCCAUCCUGAAAUCCGACCCUCAACUCAUCAAGAAGGCUUACAAGCUAAUCCCACGCCUCUCGACCUCAGAAACCGGCGCCGAUGCUUUGACAACGCGUAGCGCAGAACUUCAAGCUCUCAUCCUACGAACCUCUGAAUCAACUCCUGUACCUGCGCGUAGGGACCGAAUUAUGGCUAUCCAAACCCUUACAUCUUUCCUUCCCCUUUCGGAUUUACACUUCAUACCCAGCAUUCUAAGUGAAGUUGUUCUCGCGUGCAAGGACUCUAAUGAAAGAGCUCGGACGGCAGGUUUCGAUCUCCUGAUCGCAGUUACCGAUAAGAUCUCCGACCCGGCGAACCCAUCGGGAACAGUCAUACGAAACAGCCUUGUUCAACAUAUGCCAGAUGAUUCUCCUGAUGCUCCAGCCACGUUGGAAGAGGUGUUCACCAUGGUGAGCGCAGGCCUAGCGGGUGUUGCACCACACAUGGUUGCUGCAAGUGUUAUUGCUUUGAGUAGACUCUUAUGGGAGUACCAUGCCAAGUUGGGAGAUCAGACGAAAGAAGAGCUUGUCGAUACAGUGACGAUGUUUCUACAAAGCAACAACCGGGAAAUCGUGCGUGCCGUGCUGGGGUUCGUCAAGGUCAUGGUUGUUUUGUUACCUGUGACGAUGCUUGAGCCCCGGAUGCGAACCAUAGUCCCCGGACUAAUGGUCUGGAGUAAAGAGAACAAGGGGAGGUUGAGAGCGAAGGUCAAAGGAAUUCUGGAUCGCUGUAUGAGACGCUUCGACUCAAUCAAAGUUGAGAGUUGGGUCGGCGGCGACGAUAGAAAAAUGGUAGUCAACAUCCGAAAGCGGCGCGAGCGUGCACGAAAGAAGAACAAGCAGGGUGAUGAUGAGGGAGGGGAUGCAGAAGCCAACGAAGGACGGGAGAGAUAUGACAAUGAAUUUGAUGAAGCUGUCUACGGAUCCGAUGAUGAUGACUCUGAGAUCGAGGGCGGCGAUGACGAUGAUCAGAGCGAUGAUGACGACGAUACGAUGGCCGGCGUGUCAUUCAAGCAGGCAAAGGGCAAAUCGCGGUCCCAGCAAUUUAUAAGACAGGAUGAUGAGGAUGACGAACCUUUGGACUUGCUCGAUCCAAAGAGUAUGGCGAACAUCUCGAGCAAGAAGCUUGGUCGAUUGCGAGAUAGUCAGACUGGCUCAAGAAAGACGAAGGCCAAGUUUAACGAGGACGGCAAGCUUGUACUCGGAGGAGGCAAUGACGAUGAUGACGACAUCGACAUGACCAACACAGAUGGCCAGGGUCAAGACACUUCUAUCAAUGCUUACCUUGAUGCUGUUUCUGGUGCAGACGCAAUACGCCGAGGACAGAAGGGAAGACUGAAGGUUAAGAGCGGCAUGCAGAAGAAGGCGAAGCAAGAGACCAGGGAAAGAGAUAGUGCCAUGGACCUCGAUGUCGACGAAGCACGAGAAGUGGCUAGGCAGAUUAUGCAAGGCUCUGGAAGCCCUCGAAGCCCAGGGGUAAAAGGUGCCAGGAGUGAUCCAAAGCAGCAGCGACGAGGACUGGGCGUGGAGAAGAGCAGGGGACCGAUGCAGAGACAAAAGUUCCGAGGGCGCCGGGGGGUCGGGAAGAGAGGAAGAGGACAUGGUAGAUAG